AUGGGAUCAGACUUUGAUAAACCGAUGAGACACAGAGAGCAGCUCUUUGUGAAAACACUGACACUAGAGGUGGAGCCCAGUGACACCAGCAAUAAUGUCAAAGCUAAAAUCCAGGACAAAAAAAAGGCCACACUGCACCUGGUCCUUCAGCUCAGAGGAGGCAUCACCGAGUCUUCUCUGAGGCAGCUGGAUCAGAAAAACAACUGUGAGAAAAUGUUCUGCUGCAAGUGUGAUCCUCAAAUCCAUCCUCAAACUGUGAACUGCAGCAAGAACAAAUGUGAACACACCAACAACAUUCAGCCAACAACGAAGCUCAAAUAA